AUGGCGCUCAUCAAAGAAAAGUUCACGGAGAUGCUGCAUUUCGUCUUCCCGGACAAUUGUUUCGAGGAGCUCUUGAUCAACUACGACAUCUUCCACCCCGUAUGCACGAAAAUGGUGCUAUCACGAGUGCUCGGACUGGCCAUCACGGCUGGCUCGGUAGCCCUCUUCAUUCCUCAAAUCCUGAAGAUCGCUGCGUCCAAGAGUGGCAAGGGGAUCAGCUUCCUCGCACAGCUGUUGACUUUGAUCGGAGCUGCCGGGACCGCAGCCUACUCGUUUGACCAAGGCUUCGUCUUUUCGCAGUGGGGCGAUGCGCUCUUCUCGUCCAUUCAGCUCGUGAUCAUCUGCAUGCAGCUGCUCUACUAUGAGGGUCAAUCGUUGCUCGCGGUUUUGUUCGCCUUGUUGUGGGGCGGAUUUACUUGGGCCGUCUACCAACAUAUGGUCCCUUCAACCGUCCUCGCUGGGAUUCUCUCUGCCGGCACAAUCAUUGUCAUCGUCGCUAAGGGCCUCCAGAUCCAUCAGAACUGCUCCCAGGGGUCAACCGGGCAGCUCGCCUUCAUCACCGUCUUCCUCCAAUUCGCUGGCUGCCUGGCUCGCGUUUUCACCACCAUGCAGGAGACGACCGACACCCAGCUCAUCUUCCAGUUUGCACUGGCCACCUUCCUCAACGGCAUCAUCUUUGCCCAACUGCUCGUCUACUGGAACAGCGACAUUGCCAAGAAACGCCGC